AGCGAUUGUUGUGUGCACAGAAGCAUACCUAAGGUGCACAUCUGUAAAUUAUUAAAGACAUUACUUGAGCAUUGCCUCCCACUCGUCUGUAGACUCUUGCCUGUAGCCACACUGUUCCCCCAAUUCUCCCACGCCCAUUUAUGUCACUAGAUAUCAAAGAAGCCAGUGAAGAAGUGCAAGAUGGCCCGCGGCACCUCGCUACUGCUCUACAGCUUUACCUGAAGGAGAAAAUCCAAGACAUAUCUCAGCUCCCACCUGGUUUUCAAGUGCUCGAAUACUUCGGCAAAGUGACCUGUAACAGUUUCACCAUUAGUGAUGGGGAGAUGCAAGACGUUGGUGUUGGCCUGUAUCCCAGUUUGUCAUUGCUGAAUCACAGUUGCGACCCCAACUGCAUGAUUGUAUUUGAAGGCACAUGUCUGCUUCUCUGCACAGUCAAGGAAAUCCCAAAGGGUGAAGAGGUUAUGGGUCAGUGUCCAUCUUUUUACUGUGUUGUUGGAUGAGUUAGUCUCAUGACUUGCUAGGCUUCUGAAACGGUUCGUUCUGGAACCGCGCCGAUGGUGAGCCGCGCCUGGGGAGAAUUGCCUACUCAAGCCCGCGGCUUCUCUAGCUCGACUAGGCCGCGUCGUCCCUGCGGCUGCUGAGGGCACUGGAGGCCUCGUUCUUCGGACGGGUUACUGUCGAUCAGCUCCCCUGCCUCCUAGGUAGCCCCUGUGGAGCCUGUGGUGGCGUUAUGUUGGGGCAAAGUAUUAAUGUUUAGUAACAGCCCCAGGAGCUCAAAGAAUUUGCGGCCGCACUGUGGCUCGCCUAGCCACGCCCCCCCACCAUUUAGAACUUUAUCCCUACCUCCCACACUCUCAGCCUCUCUGUUGGUGCUCCACAACAAGAGACAGUAAACGUUUGCACCUUG